AUGUCUUUAGAAACUCGCUUAGAAACCGCUACUACAGAAUAUCAAAAACUUCAAAAAGAAAUUACAAAUGCUGUAGAAAAUCUACAAAAACUUGAUUCUCAGUUACAAGAGAACGAAAUUGUUCAAAAGGAAUUUGGCUUAUUAAAAGAUGAUUCAAAUAUUUAUAAACUCGUUGGCCCUGUGCUAGUAAAACAAGAUAAAGUCGAGGCUACUGAGAAUGUUGCAAGACUAGAAGGUCAGGUCAAGGAAUUAACAGAGAAAUUUGAAAAGAAGAAACUUGAGAUUGUUGAACUUAAUGCUUCCCGAACACAACAAACAGUCACAUAA